CAGAUAAUGGCAGACUACGGGGGGGAUGAUAGCGCGACCCCAGAGGAGUUCGAGUCGGCAAGGCAGUGGUGGCGGACGCAUUUCAUGGACAAACACCGGGCGACACUGUCAGCAGGCUGCCAGUCAGGUUCUCGGUGGUUGGGUCCACUUGGGGCAGGGCAGCUAGCUGACGCAGCCUGCCAGCGCAGCUGCACUGUGGUAGUUCAACUUCAAUCUCUGGGGCGGAGUUGGUGCUGCCGGUGUGGGUUCACCGUCCAGGGAAGCCAGUGGGAUCUACGCUGCGCAGCAGAGGAGAGCUCGACGCC